UACAAUAUCAAUAAGAAUAAAAACAACAAAAACAACACCGAUAAUAAUUACUGUUUUCAAUGGCUGGUUAUAUGUUUCAAAUAUUUUACAAUAACAACAAACUGCGUUAAAAGUUAUUGGAACGUUAAGCGUCAUGGUGUUAAUAAUAAUAAAACUUUAUGUUGGCUGACAUUGACUUUGAUUUUAUUGAGUGGCGGCAUCUGGAACGAAUCACCGUUUGGUAAUGGCUGUUAUGCAUUCGAUAUUGUGCAAUGUAAACAUUCGCUGGGCAUGGAAUCAGGAGCCAUAGCAGAUUUUCAAAUAACCGCAAGCUCCGCACAUGAUGUGGGCAAUGUAGGCCCACAACAUGCCAGAUUAAAAGUUGAUAAUAAUGGUGGUGCUUGGUGUCCGAAACAUAUGGUAUCGCGUGGCUUAAAGGAAUAUUUGCAAAUUGAUUUGUUGCAAGUGCAUGUCAUCACGUCCGUACGUACUCAGGGACGUUUCGGUAAAGGCCAAGGCCAAGAGUAUACGGAGGCUUAUGUAGUUGAAUAUUGGCGUCCCGGUAUGGAGAAGUGGAAACGAUGGAAAACCUUUCAAGGCAAAGAGAUAUUGCCCGGAAAUAUUAACACUUAUAGCGAAGUGGAGAAUAUAUUGCAACCGAUCAUUUUUGCAUCAAAGGUGCGCAUUUAUCCAUACAGUCAAUACGAUCGCACCGUAUGCCUAAGAGCUGAAAUUGUAGGCUGUCCAUGGGAAGACGGCAUAAUAUCGUAUAGUAUACCAAAGGGCGUACAGCGUGGCAUAGAAAUCGAUUUGUCUGAUAAAUCAUACGAUGGCCAUGAAGAGGAUGAACGUUAUGUCGAAGGUUUAGGUCAACUGGUAGAUGGUCAAAAAGGCAAAGAUAAUUUCCGCUUAGAUCAAGGCUUUGGCAAAGGCUAUGAAUGGGUGGGCUGGCGUAAUGAUACACCAAAUCUAUUGGGCCGUCCUAUAGAAAUCACUUUCGAAUUUGAUGGUGUGCGCAAUUUCAGUGCUGUGAUAAUACACACUAGCAACAUGUUUAUCAAGGAUGUGCAGGUGUUUGUCCGUGCGAAAGUAUUCUUUAGCAUUGGCGGUCGGCAGUAUAUCGGUGAACCGGUACAAUUCUCUUACAUGCCCGACACUAUGUUGGAUCACGCGCGCGACGUGACAAUCAAAUUACAUCAUCGUCUGGGCAGAUAUUUGCAACUGCAUUUAUAUUUUGCAGCACGUUGGUUGAUGUUAAGCGAGAUUACAUUCAUAUCAGCUCCUAUAGCGGGCAAUUUUACCGAUGAAGAAUUCAUGGGUGCUAGCGGUUCUCAAGAUAAUUCUGAAUAUCCUUUUCAACGAGAUGAAGUGGCCAGAACACCAAGUAGGGACAGAAAUUUAUAUACACCUCAAGUUAUCUCACCGAAACCCAUUGACCAAGAACCGGAACCGAAUAUAGUUGGUGUUAUUAUCACCGUACUUACUACAAUCAUUUUACUACUUGUGGCCAUAAUACUUUUGAUAAUUGCUCGUAAUAAGCGAGCGCGUGGACGUGGUAACGUUUUGGAUGCCUUCCAACAUAAUUUUAACCCGGAUACAUUGGGCGGUGUGGAUAAUAAACGUAUGAAUGGCAAUAGCAUGAAGGCGGUUACUAUGGAACCAGAUAAUGAAUCAAUCGAUAAGAGUAGCCUUUACCAUGAGCCAUUCAAUGUUAAUAUGUACACAAGUGCUGCAAGCGGCUGUUCAAUGAAUGAAAUGCAACGACAACAUUUAACGCCUGACUAUACAGCUCUGCCAACAAGCAAAGGUAACAGUGCAGCCGGCGGUGGUAAUGGCGGUAAUGCUGGUGCAGCAGUUACUUUGACAAAACCGCAUCAUUACAAUUUUACCGAAUUGAGUGAUUUUGCUAACGUUGACAAUGAGGAGCAAGCCAAUUGCCAAAUACAAGAAUUUCCACGUCAUUCGCUAGUGAUUGUGGAGAAAUUAGGCAGCGGUGUAUUCGGUGAAUAUCAUUUGUGCGAAACAAAAGGAUUAAGCACAAAUUUAGCGGCUGUGGCCACUUUGAGGCCGGGUGCUACGGAAAAUAUGCGUAAAGAAUUUCGUGUAAAAGCUAAACAAUUGACACGCCUUAAAGAUGCAAAUGUGGCGCCACUAAUAGGAGCUUGCCUUCGAGAUGAACCGAUUUGUAUGGUCUUAGAUUAUAGUGACUGUUUAGGAGAUUUAAACCAAUUCUUGCAAGAACAUAUGGCCGAAACUAGUAAUUUACAGGCCAUGACGAAGCACAAAUGUUUAAGCUAUGGAUGUCUCGUGUAUAUUGCUACACAAAUUGCAUCGGGUAUGAAAUAUUUGGAACAAAUGAAUUUCGUUCACAGGGAUUUAGCAACAAGAAGCUGCAUAAUUGGUCCGGAGCUUAGUGUUAAAGUCUGCACCAUAGGCACUGUGAUAAAUCGUUUGGCCUAUGCUACAGAUUAUUGUCAAUUGGAAGGCACUACCGGGCGCCAAUCACAGCCUAUGCCUAUACGCUGGAUGGCCUGGGAAAGUGUACUGCUGGGUAAAUUUACGUCAAAAUCGGAUGUUUGGUCAUUUGCAGUUACCUUAUGGGAAAUUUUAACGUUCGCCCGCGAGCAACCAUAUGAAUAUUUAACGAACGCUAAAGUUAUUGAAAAUAUUGGUCAUAUGUAUCGUGAUAAUAAUCAAUACGAAUUGCUUAUCAUACCAGUGAAUUGUCCACGUGAAAUCUACGAUUUGAUGUGCGAGUGCUGGCAACGUAAUGAAGCUAAUCGUCCCAAUUUUCGGGAAAUUCACUUGUUUUUACAAAGGAAAAAUUUAGGUUUUAAACCGACACUAAUGACAUAUUAAAUAAAUCAUAAAAAAAUAAUAAUAAAAAAAAAAAAAGUAAAAA